UGACACGUCCUGGGCACCAAACCCUCCUGGGCUGCUCUGAUCCCUCGGACAACCGUCUGAGACUUUUAUGGGCUGACACACCGACGUCAGGCGCUGCGCUGCACCGUGAAGAUGGCGGAGGCUGCGGAGGAACCACAACACCGGUUUUUCUGUCACUGCUGUAAAAGUGAAACAAACCCUAAACUCCCGGAUUUCGUCUGCCCCAGAUGUGACUCUGGCUUCAUUGAGGAGGUGGCAGAAGACUCCAGUCUAUUGCAGAACAGCACAUCAGCGGCGAGUGAGGACUCAAACUCGUUGUUCUCAGAAUUAUGGCAGCUGCUGUUUAUGGAACGCUCUGCUCUGCUGUCGCAUCCACCCUCCUCAGAGUCCCACUCAGACGACAGCGAGCAGGUAUCUGCAGGUCAGAGCCAGUCUCCUCCGGUGUCAUCGGGUUCUGUUGAGGCCGGGGAACCAGAAUCAUCUUCCCCGCCUGAACAAGAGCGGUCAUCUAGGCCUGAACAAAGGCCUGCUGUGGAAGGGAUCGUGCAGCAAUUCUUGGCCGGCCUGUUUGCCAACAGUGGAAACCCUGGUGUUGCACCAGCUGCAUUAUCCAGCAUGCUACAGUUGUACUCAAACCCAGGAGACUAUGCAUGGGGUCAGGGAGGUCUGGAUGCUGUUAUCACAGAGUUGUUGGGACAGUUGGAGAGCACAGGUCCACCCCCUGCAGAAAAGGACAUGAUCUCAUCCCUGCCAACAGUUUGCAUCUCUCAGGAACAGACAGACAGCAGACUGGAGUGUCCAGUUUGUAGGGAGGAGUAUUCAUUAGGGGAAUCCGUCAGGAAACUACCCUGCCUCCAUUACUUCCACAGUCAUUGUAUAGUGCCUUGGCUGGAGCUGCAUGAUACCUGCCCAGUGUGCCGCAAAAGCCUUGACGGUGUUGACAACAGCCUCCCGCCCACAUCAGAGCCCCCAGAAGACCGCUCCAUCAGGACAGAGCAACAAGAGAGGCAGGCGAUCUGAAAAACGGGGCAAACAGCUCUACCUCCUUUACUGUUUUCAAGAGACACGCUGCUCACCUCAAACUUUUCCCUCCACACCGACUGCUUUAAUAAAAUACAUGACUAGAUCAUGGUCAA